GAAAGGCAGGGACCAGCUCCAGCUGAUCGACUUUUAGAAGUGUAAACGUCGGGGUGAGCACAUGGGUCGCAUUAUGUGUGCACAAUUGUUAAUAAACAAUAUAAAAAAUAAAAUAUCGAUGACGGUAAUGGAAUUCCGUCCCUGAAUCUGUCAUGCUGCGUCGUUGUUUCCCCCCAAAAAUCCCCUCACGCCCCCCCAGACCCCUCAUUGGCCCCCAGCCCUCGCGACCCUCCUCUGAAAAUGCCGCCGAAAAACCCAAAGCCCCGGGAAGACCCGCGGGAAUGCCUUCCGAAUUCACAGGCUACGACGGCUCAGCAAUCAGCGUCGAAGAGCUGCCCUUCGACGUAAUGAGACGAACGAAAAACUUCACGACCCUUCACCUGCUCGACAGAGACGUCUCCAAGGCCUUCGCAUCCCUCAUCAUCGACAAAAUCCCGAAGGAGCAAACAUUCAUAGCUGAGAUGAACCCAGGGAUCGGCCUGAUGACCCAGCAACUGCUGGACUCCGGGGUUUCAGUCGUCCACGGAUACGAUAAAUUCACGGAGUUCAUGCAGUGGCUGCAUCCACUCUCAAAGAGGUACCCGGGACGUCUGCACCUCAGACCCUUCAACUUGGCGACGAUCGCGAAGACCGACUUUCUGGACGGAAAGAUCAACUCCAGGAAUAUGGACAAGAUGUUCGAGGGGAUCAGACCGAGGGACUGGAGGGGACCCCCUGCCAUCGCCGUCAUCGGGGCAGUGCCGAAUGUUAAUUUUUUCUACUCCUUCCAGUGGUCACUGGUCAAUCAGUAUCUGUCGGACUAUGGGAGGGCCGUUCUCUUCGUCGCAGUGUCACCUUCAACGUCUUUGGCGCUCACAGACGACCCGAACACCAAGCACUUUCACAAACCGAAGAACAUCUUCCUCCGGACAUUCUUCGACUUCAGGAAACUGGGAACCCUUCCCAGGAACGCCUUCUACCCCUGGGUGCCCGAGAAAACCUGGAGAAAACGAUUCGCCGAGUAUUACAAGGGGGACAGCGAAAUUAUGGACGUCGUGAAGAUCGAGGCCAGGGCAGAUUUCUUCACUGAAGACUUCACUCGCAGUGACGCUAUCAUAUUCUACUACUUCCUAUCAAUUCACAUGAAAACACGAAACACCAGGAUCAUUCCAGUGCUCGAAAAAUGGAUCCCUGGCUGUGGACCUCGCCUCAUCCGCGAGGAUUACGAUAUUUACUCAACAUUCGAUGAACUUAAUUCCGAACAAUUACUUCAGCUGUUCAAGACGUUCAAGUCUUGGCCAGAGUAUGAGACUAGUCCCUUUAUUAAUUUUGUAGAAACUAUUAUACAGAGUAAAGGGACGGAAGAGUAAUUCCAAAAAUAUUUUCCCAAAAGUUCAACUUCUCAGUCGUUUACGGUCAUUAAAACGAUUUUACUGAUCACUUAAAAUAGUAAAAUAGAAGAUAAAAAGUACUUCCAUUUCUAAUUUAUUUUGCAUAAAACAAAAGCACAAAAUCACAACCAGUUCUACUGCAAUAAUAUUACAACUAAAUUGCAAAAAAUAAUUGUGUAAAUUACAAAGAAACUCAUUAAAUACCUCGCUAAUCAGUUA